AUGCCCCUCUCAGCCUGCAGCACGUUCAGCGUCGCACAUCCGCUGCACUGCGGUCGCGCGACGUCGUUCCGCCAGCUGCCGACCGUCAACACGUUCCUCGCGUCGCCCGCGCUGUCGCCGCUGCAGUUGGCCUCGCCGACGAUGGCGCCGGCCAAGACGCACGCCCCGCCCGGCGCCAGUCCCAACAAGAAGAUCCGCAAGAGCCGCGUCGUCUUUGACUUCACCACGGAAGAGAUGGCGCAGUACUUUCACAUGUCGCAACGCGAAGCCGCCCAGCAGCUCGGCGUUGCCACAGUCACCAUCAAGCGCAACUGCCGACGCCUCGGCAUCGUCUGGCCCUACCGCCUCAUGAAGUCCAAGAAACACGCCAUCAACUGGUCGGCCGUCUCGCGCGAAGACGCCCAGCGCAUCCGCCAGGAGCGGGCGCUGGAGCAAGCCAAAGCCGGUCGCUCGCCUUCGGGCCGCAGUCGCUCCCCGUCAGUCUCUAGUUCAACGACCGCUUCCGAAGAUGAGACCGCCGUCACGGUCCGAACGACUACGCAGAGCAGUGGCAGCUGUUGCAAGGGCUCUGCUAUUGCGCUCACAGAAGCCGGUCGCGUCUUUGCACGGCUGCCGCGGGACUGCAUGGCCGCCUUCGAGUAG